CAGGCUUGAGUUGCCCUCCUUGCGAGUCUUCCCCUCCGUCCCGCCCUCCCUGGGCACCUGCGGGAGGGGGCCAAGGGCGGGGCAAAGGGGAAGUUGGCCUCGGUGGUUGGCUGCCUGUUGAGGAGGGGGCGUCUCCUCCACCUCUCCCCUCCUCCCGGCGCCCAGGACCAGGCAGCAGGCAGGAGGGAGGCAGGCUUUGCUCGUCUUCCUGGCGCUGGGUUUGGCGUGGCGGCCCCGCCUUCGCUGGGAACCUUAGUGGGAGCCUUCGCUCGGAGCCAGGCAGCGCCGCUGCCCAGCCGACCCUCCGUCUCAGCAGCUUCCCCCCGUCGCUCAGUCUGGAGGCGUCUUCGUCGGCGGGAUGGGGCUCCGAGGGGAGAGCGCGCCCCUUCUGCUGCUCUUCCUCUUACUCUUCGCUUGUUGCCAUGGGCGUAUUGUGAAGGUGCCUGAGGGUCCCCUUGUACGAGUUGAAGGCACAGAGGUAGUGAUUCCAUGCAACGUUAGCCAAUAUGAUGGACCCAGUGAGCAAAACUUUGACUGGGAGUUUUCUACAGACACUACUCAGAACUCUAACUUUGUACAUGUUGUGAGUACUUGGGACCCAUGGUUCACAUCUACGAAAUAUCAAGAUCGGGUUAAUAGUAUGGAGAUCACACUGAGAAGAAAUAGCAAUGAUGCUGUCGAACUUGUGAUUGGCAACAUCUAUCCUUCUGACCAAGGGAUGUACAGAUGCACCACGCCUAGCACAGAUGCUGUCGUCCAGGGAAAUUACAAUGCUGUAGUCGAAGUCAAAGUGAUUGCAGACGGCUUAACUGUUAGUGGAUCAAAAGCCCGUGCCACAUCCACAUUGAACUUAUCGGAAGGAGAUGCAUUUCAGUUGCGCUGCUCAGCUUCCACCAAUUCUUCAGAACACACCCAUCUGUAUGUGUCUUGGGAAUUCAAGAAUGGCCUUGCCUGGCAAGAAAUCCUCUCCUUGACGCAUGACGGCAAGUUCCAGUCUGGUCUGGAGUACAGUGAGCGCUAUAUCAGUGGGGAUGUGCGCUUAGAUGCCAUGGCCAAUGACAUUUACCGUUUGUCUGUGUCCCAGGCUCUUCCAACAGAUGAAGGUGCCUACAGGUGUCGAGUGAGUGAGUGGGUUAAAGGUGCAGAUGGUUCAUGGCAGAAGAUCCAAGAGAAGACCGCUGAUGUAGCAAAUGUUGUGGUACAGCCAACAGCUUUAGGUGUAUUCAUUACCAGAAGCAAUGUGACUGUAACAGAGAGAGAAUCCCUGGACCUUACCUGCAACUUCACAACAGACAGAAGUGGCAUUUUCCAAGCAGAAGUCACAUGGUAUUUCAGUAACUCACCUGAAGAUACGCUGGCAGAGGCUCAGGUUUUGCUGAGCGCAGAUCGUGAUUCUGUAAUUAGUGACUCGACCCUAAUCAGUCUCAGCCAUGUGGAUCGAAGCUCUUACCACUUGCUAAUACGUGAUGUGAGCCUUGAAGAUUCUGGCUAUUACUUUUGCCAAGCAGCUCUUUGGGUGCCACAGCACAAUGGUAGCUGGCACAAAGUAGCCGAGAGAACCUCUUUACCGGUCACUGUGGAUGUCCUGGCAGUAGAACCAAAUUAUAAUGUGUUCCUAAGUGCUUCUAAAACACCCAAGUUUGCUGAAGAUCCCACUGAACUGGAGUGUAGAAUCACAGAGGCACAGAAUACUGAAGCAAACAUACGUUUCACUGUAUCCUGGUACUACAGAUUACCCUUGCGCAGUGACGAAGUCGUAAAAGAUCUACUUCUUGCCACCAUGGAUGCAGACUGGACCCUGGUAGUUGGAGACAGAAGCAAACAACGGGCUCAGAAUGGGGAAAUUAUUUUCUCUAAGCCGACUGUGGACACUUUUCGUUUACGAAUUCAGUGGACCUCUGAAGCAGACAGGGGAGAUUACUACUGUGUGAUUUCAUCAUGGAGUAGACAGCGCAAUAACAGCUGGAUAAAGAUCAAGGAUGUGGCUUCCAUGCCUGUGAGCAUUUUAUGGUCUACGCAAGAUUAUGCGCUCACCGUAGAGGCUGUGAAGCUGAAGCCAUUCUUCAUGGCAGGGCACACUUUUGAAAUGACAUGCAAGGUGUCUUCUCAGAACAUCAGGUCUCCUCGAUAUUCAGUCCUCAUUACAGCUGAGAAAACGCUGAAUGAUCAGACUCAUCCUAACGGGACCACUCGCAUAAUUUCCCUCAAUCAAGAUUCAGUGGUCAGACGGGAAGACUGGACAGACCAGGACCGAGUGGAUGGUGUGGUUUUGGAGAAGGUCCAGGAAAAUGAGUUCCGCUACAGGAUGUACCAGACACAGAUUUCAGACGCUGGGCUGUAUCGCUGUGUGGUGACUGCAUGGUCGCCAGGGGGUGGAGGCAUGUGGCGAGAGGCAGUCAAUGGCUUAUCCAAUCCCAUCCAGAUAGACUUCCAGGUGUCAGGUCCUGUUUUUAACGUGUCGGUGCAUUCAGAUAGGACAACCAUUUAUCGAGGCGAGCUGGUGAAUUUGUUUUGCAUCAUCACUGUUGAAGGGCCAGUACUUGAUCUAGAUGACAUGUCCUUUGAUGUCUCCUGGUUUGCCAUGCGUUCCAUCACAAUGGAUAGAGAUCCUGUCUUUCUAGCUUCGUUGGAUAGGAAAGGAAUAGUGACCCAGGCCAGAAGAAAUGGAAGUAGUGAUGUCAGCUUGGAAAGAAUUGCUCCCCUGGAGUUUCGGCUUAGACUUCAUGGCUGCGAAGACCAAGACUUUGGCAACCACUACUGUUUGGUGACACCUUGGGUGCAGUCAGCUGCAGGUGUCUGGCAACAAGAGAUGGAGAUCAAGUCCAAACCAAUCCUUGUAACUGUGAAAAUGGAUGUGCUGAAUGCCUUCAAAUUUCCACUGUUGAUUGGUGUUGGCCUGUCUACAGUAAUUGGACUUCUAUCCUGUCUGAUUGGCUACUGCACUUCCCGUUGGUGUUGCAAGAAGGAGGUUCAAGAAACCAGGCGAGAGAGACGCCGACUUAUGUCUAUGGAGAUGGACUAAACAAGUGGGAGGUGGAUACACACUUUUCAAGAGGGAAGGGAUUUUGGAAGGCCUGAGGCUACUCAGUUUUGAGUGUAUUGAACCAAAAUGCCCUGACAUCAAAACCCUUUGAUCUUAUCCUGGAUCUAGAGCUGCAUCUUUUUCUACCUAUGUUUCACACUGAGGGCACUUGUUAUAUUUUUUAACCUUUAGCUCUUCUUCCAAUUGCACAUUUUAUGGGGAUAAUUCUUUCACAGGCAAAGUGUUCCACAGUGUCCUUCCAGCAGACCUUUAGACAAGGCUCACUAUCAAGGUGUGUGUAUUAAAAUAUUUCCCCCUUGUCAUUUAAUAGAAAUAUAGAAUUGGAAGACUGCUGGGAAAAAAAACACCAUCCCUUAUAACUAGUUGGCCUCUUGUUGAUAUUUCUAGAGAAGAAAAGAAACAUUCCCAUGGUCUAUUCUAGAUGUAUCUAGUCGGAAAUCUUAUGAGUAUUCAUUCUAAACUGAAACUUGGAUUGUAGUCUCAGGACCCCUAACUUUAGAAACUGCUGGUUUAGCAUUCUUGAAAACCAGUUUCUUAGAAAAUGGACAGCAAUACAAGCCAUCAUUUACAGUGUCCCACCCUUUCCAUUUUGUAUCAUCAUCAUCAUCAUCAUUCUGGUAAGAGGUGGAUCUCUCUAGCAUGGCUGUUAUCAACAGUCUCAUCAAAGGGUUGUGGGUUUUCUGAGCUAUCUCAUCAAAAUGCUGCUAGAUUUGCCACUUCUGCCCACUGUGCUGGUGGAUUCUGUUUAAUCAGCAUGUCAUCUCUAGCAACUGGACAGAGGCUGCUAGAUAUUCUUGUGCAAAUCACUGGGUCAUCUAACUCAAUGACUAGAAUAUAGGCAGAAAUCCUCUUCAUCCCUAAAGUGAUUUAUUUGUAGCCGCCAUUGUGUUGUGAGCCAUAAGGUUACCUGCAUUAACCAGCAAACAUGCUUGCUAUUGGGGAACUUAUAUUGGGGUUCUGGGCUAACAGUUGGAUUUUGACAUAGCAGUCAUGAGUCAGUUUAUGCAACUGUAACUCUCAGGGUGAGGAGGGGUAAAAUCGGAUGGAUUUCUUUAGAAAAGAGUACCCCUUUCUGGAUGUUUCUUUGCAAAUGCUACAACGCCAAAGGCUACAUACUGCAGUUAAUCCUUUGCCCAUUCAGUGGGGUGGUGAUAAAUUCUCAUCAUGGGUCUCUUUGGUGCUGUAGUAGAGAGUUCUAGAUCUUGUCUUCCACAUACCCUUGUCCUGGAUCCAAAGAUCUGCUCCCAUGAUGUCAGGCAGCUCCAACAUAGUUGGUAUUUCUAAGCAAUAAGAAGUCAGAACACAGGCUUUUUAUGGAAAACAUUAUGCAUUAAACAUGCAUGACUUGAAGCAAACUAAAAGUGAAAAUUGAAGUAAAGAGCAAGUAACCUUUCUUCUGUACUAUGCUUAAUGUUGAAGAGCAAAUGUCAGUUGAGCUGCCAGGUAUAUUUGUUGAUGUCAGCUGAAGAGAUAACUGCAAAUAUACAUAGAGGCAUGUAGAAUGGUACUCAUAUCAACUGUGCAAGUAUAUGAAAAUUCUUUUUUAUGCUGUCCAUUUUGCAUAUUCACUGGAAGAUGUGCAGAAUGUGCACAAAUUGGUAAAUGGUUUUCCAUUGAGCUUACAUUGACUCCAGUGUAUAUUUAUGAGUUUUUUUUUUAAUAUAUCCUGACAUAAGUACAUGGACUAGAGUUUUACAUUAAUUCUAGUAGUUUAUAUAACUUUUGGGUAACUUCAAACAGUAACCACGCUAAAGAAUUGUCUUUUCUUUAGCUAUGUAUUUUCUGUUAAAUUUCAUUUAUUGUGGUCCUGGUGUGCUCUGGUGCUACCCCAUGCCAUCAUUAUCAAAUGGACAUAAGACUGUGAAUAUAGCUUUAAUUUGGGGAAUAUCUGAGGACUCUAGAUGAAUUUUGAUUUUGACAGAGGUAGGAAUACCCUUUAAAACUACAGACUUGUAAAGUAGGGGUUGACAGUAAUGCCCCUAAAGAUGUCUUACGGUUACAACUUUAGUCAGGCCUAAUUAGCAAUACUGAGUGAUUGCAAAGAAAUUGUAGUCCCCAAACAUCUGGAAGGACACAGUUGCCCACCCCAGUUGUAAAGUGUGUAGAAUUAAAUGUGGUUGAAAUCUUCCAGAAGGCUUAGUAAAUAUGAGCAUUUUGUGUGGUUGACCACAACAAUCUGCCCUCUGGGGAGAUGUCUUGCACUUGUCCUUUAGACCAUUCUCAUAGUUGGUUUACUUCACUUUCUCUGACAUACAACCUAUCUAGUCAUAUGUAUUAUCAUUUCACAUUAUAAAUUAUGUAAGCUUCCAGUUGUUUUUCCACAUUGGAAGCCAUGUUUUAUAAAAAACAAAAUAUAGGGAAAAUAAACAACUAACUAAAGCACAAUUUUUUUUCUUUCAUUCAUGCUUACAUUUGGUGUCAUUCUGUUUUCACAUUGGGAAGAUUAAGCAAAACAUAAAUAUUUAAAUGCAAUAAUUAUGGAAUGUGGAGAGCAGGAAAGUUUUCCUUUAGCACUUGUUGCACACUGGCAUUGUCUCUCUGUGGAAAGAAACUCAGGGUCAUUUUGGUUCAGGGGUUCCUUGCUUUUCCUAGCAAGUUUCCUGUUCCACAAGUCAUUGCCCACUCUUCCUAGAUUCUGAAGUUAUUUUCCUUUAAACAAAAUUUGGACCGUAUGUUAUAACUGCUCUCUUUUGAUUAUGGUGAUGCUUCAUGCCCUGUACUUAAUUAAAUGUUGAAGUAGUACCACUCCAGUGCUCUCCUUCCAAUUGUGCCAAUUUUAUAUUAUUCCUCUUUUAAAAUAGGAUUUCUGUCUUCAGAAAACAUUGGUUACUCUGUUUUGUGUUAACUCUCUCUGGUGUUUUUGUUAGAGAACGAGUUGCAUGGAAUUCAGUUAGAUGUUCAGCAGUGUUUGUCAGAGUUGCAGUCAUGGAAUCAACAGUCAAGUAUUCUAAGGGCUUGUGUCAAUCCUGAUUGGUCUCUGUCCAUGCUUCCAGCUCACUGUUGAGAAUUCAGGACACUUGGAACAUGAAUCUGACAUUGUUUCAACAGUGUGCUGUGUAAAAGACAAGAAAUCUAUUUGUUUGCUUCUGAAGAAAGGUUUUAGGCACAGCUCUGGAAGCUUUUAAAAUUGUGUUAAGCACAGCUUUGGAAGAUGGGAGUUGGACAGUUACAAUGAAGCUGUGUAAUGUGUUUUUUACAUUGAAAAUAAAUUGUCUUUUUUAAUAAAA